AUAUAUAUAUAUAUAUACACACUAAACAAUAGUACCAUUUUCAUUCUAAUUUGGAUUUUUUGAUAUAAAAAAUUCUAUACGCCACUUUAUUACAAAUUAUUACUUAAAUCACCAUGUGAUUAAUGGCACCUGCCCUGAAUAGCUGGUACAAACCUCUUAAAUUUCACCCUUACUGCCCACUUAUACAGAGAAAUUCAGCCUUCGACUGCCCAUUGCCAUCAUCACUACCCACACAAGAAAUGGAGGUUCUAAGUCGGAGAGAGCACUACAUCACCCCCCUGGCACCCAUCGAUACUCCUCUUCACACCGUGGAACGCCUCCCACGCACGGCCGUGAACCGCGUCUUUUUGGUAGUUUACACUUGCGCCAUCCUAGCUCUACUCUACCGCCAUGCACAAACACUUAUCAAUUCCACAACCUUAGUCUCUUUCUUUAUAACCCUCUCUUUGCUUGUCUCUGAUCUCAUUCUUGCCUUCAUGUGGGGAGCUUCACAAGCUUUUCGCAUGUACCCAAUUCAUCGUAAGCAAUUCCCAGAGAACCUGAAAAAGAACGUGACGGAGCAAGAUUUUCCAGCGUUGGACGUGUUCAUAUGCACGGCUGACCCUUACAAGGAGCCGCCAAUGAGUGUGGUGAACACGGCUUUGUCCUUGAUGGCUUAUGAUUAUCCAACGGAGAAGAUUUCGGUGUAUGUAUCGGACGAUGGAGGAUCAGCUUUGACACUCUUUGCUUUCAUGGAGGCUGCUAAGUUUGCUAGCUACUGGUUACCAUUUUGCAGGGAGAAUAACCUUAUGGAUAGAAGCCCGGAUAUUUAUUUUUCGUCAGCUCAUUCUUGGAGCUCUAAGGCUCACAAGAUUAAGGAAAUAUACGAGAGCAUGAAAGUGAGAGUAGGAAAUGUUGUCAACAGAGGAGAAGUUAGUGAAAUUUACAUCACCAAGGAUCAAGAACGUGAAGCUUUUGACAAAUGGAGAGGCGCAUUUACCCCCCAAGAUCACCCUACUGUCAUUCAGGUUCUAUUAGAUAACAGCACCGACAAAGACAUCACUGGCCACUGCCUGCCAAAUCUCAUUUAUGUCUCCAGACAGAAAAGUAAGACCUCACCCCACCAUUUUAAAGCUGGUGCUCUAAAUGUUCUGCUUCGUGUAUCAACUAUCAUGACCAAUGCCCCAAUAUUCUUAACCCAAGACUGUGACAUGCAUUCAAAUGACCCCCAAACACCUCUGAGGAUGCUAUGUUAUAUAUGUGACCCUGCAAUCGAACGAACUUUGGGGUUUGUGCAAUUUCCUCAGCGCUUUCGUGGCAUAAACAGAGAUGACACCUAUGGAUGCGAGUACAAACGUCUAGGCGAGAUACAUCCUAUGGGUUUUGAUGGUCUUAGGGGCCCAUGUUAUUGUGGAACUGGAACCUUUUUCCUUCGGCAAGCUCUCUUUGGUGAUCCAUCAACUUCUGUAAAAUCAGAAAUCCUUGAACUCAGCCCUGACCGUAUUAUGAACAAACCUAUUAAAUCUCCGGACAUUUUAGCUUUAGCACAUCAUGUAGCAAGCUGCAAUUAUGAAAAUCAGAACAAAUGGGGAUACAAGGUGGGGUUUAGAUAUGGAUCAUUGGCUGAGGACAUCUACACAGGUUACCGGUUGCAAUGUGACGGAUGGAGGUCCAUAUUUUGCAAUCCUAAAAGGGCUGCAUUUCUAGGGAAUGCACCAAUCAACUUCGUUGAUGUACUGAGUCAAGGCAAGCGAGGGGCCAUCGGCCUACUUGAAAUUGCCUCGUCCAAAUAUCCUCCCAUAACCUUUGGGACCAAAUCUAUGGGUCUCCUCAUGGGCCUAGGCUAUUCUUACUAUGCACUCUGGCCCAUUUUGUCCAUUCCAGUGACCGUCUAUGCCUUCCUCCCUCAACUAGUUCUCGUCAGUGGAGUCUCCGUCUUUCCAGAGGUAACCGAACCAUGGUUUCUCUUGUACUUGUUUCUUGUCCUCGGUGCUUAUGGACAAGACUUCCUUGAAUAUGUUCUGGAGGGAGCAACUUUCCGAAAGUGGUGGAACGCCCAGAGGAUGUGGAUGAUCGCGAGCCUUUCGAGUUUCUCGUUUGGUACAGCAGAGUACUUUCUUAAGUCCAUAGGCCUGUCUACUUGUGGUUUCAAUGUGACCAACAAAGUGGUCGAUGAUGAACAAAACAAAAGAUAUUCCCAAGGGAUCUUUGAGUUUGGAGUCCCAUCCCCAUUGUUUGUGCCACUCACAAUGGCAGCAAUAAUCAACUUAUUUUCAUUCAUCUGGGGAACAAUUUUAGUUUUCGGUGGCAGCAACGAGGAAGGCCUGCUUUUGCAGAUGUUACUAGCAGGGUGCAUUGUUGUGAAUUUCUUCCCAAUUUAUGAAGCAAUUGCCCUGAGGAAGGACAAAGGAAAAAUGCCUACCAAGAUUACCAUCAUUGCGACACUUCUGGCGGGGGCUCUUUAUACUGCAACUUCUUUUAUUUUCAAGUGAUGAAAAUACUUAGGGGCCUUUGCCUUUUUGCUUCUCCUUUCAAUAUUUUCUCUGACUGAAAUGAAAUUUUUAGUUUUAUAUGGCAAUUAUUGGGCAGCAGGCAGCUACAGAAAUGGCUUAUAUAUUUUCUGGGGAAUUGGCACUUCAAACGGUAUGAGCAGGGGCGGCGAAACACAAUGCAUGGUUCAUUGACGCACAUUGACUGUAAAUAACAACCAUAAAGGAACUACUUUUCUCUGUCAAUAUGCUGAAAAUAUCUUAUACGCACAAAUUCCACCUCGCUAUAACUUUCUUCAAGCUCUCUUCUAAUCGCAAAUAGAGCUACAAGCUCAGUCAUCCUCGUCACCCCAUGAUUAUAUAUAUACACUCUU